AUGUCAAAACGCCUUUUCAAGCCUCGGUCGGACGUAUGCCGUAUAUGCGACUUCAUAACUUCUCAGCAAUCAUCUCUAAGAUCACAGCGUCAAUUUUUGCAAGCUAUAAACACUACUCCUCGCACAUUUACCACCACUACCAGGAAGCGAUCAAGCAAGCCUCCAAAGUCUACCCCUUCCAAUUCUUUGCGCCAAUAUUCAAGUCCAGCUUAUGUACGACCAUCCCGACAUAUCACGGAAGCAGAACUCGAGCAAGGACUAAGCCGUGGAAUCGAUGCUUGUAAUAAAUUAUUUUCAGAAACUGUAGCUUCGGAGAAGGCCAUUCUGGACGUUUUACAUACAUGCCGAUUGAUUGCCGCGGACGUUGCUGGAGAGCCUGCUAAAUCAUCAGACACAAAGAAGGAUGUAACUGCUGCCGCAUCUUUACUUUCCUUGGCUGAUCGAGGAUCGAAGAAGCUGCGAGUCCAAAAGCUAUCUCGCGAGAACCAACUUUUAGUGGAUGAGCUCUCGCGAGCCUUGUUUUCGAUUGUUUCCCAUGAGUCUGUCUUCAUAUCACCAGAGAUUUUAGAAGUAUAUAUCAGCGCACAGUCAUGUCUAGGAAAACCCGAGACUUUUCCAGAAGUGUUUUACUUGUAUGCGAACAAGCCGAUACCAAUCGAGGGCUCUAAAGGAAAACAGUUCAAAAAACAGAAUCCAAAUAAGAUCAAUAAUGCCAUACCAGUUGCCGUGGCAGAUCAAGCUUUACAAACCGCAAUAGAUGCCAGGGAAUUAGAUGUAGCUAUGGAUAUUGUUGAUACAGCAUAUGCGCAAAAAUCAUUUCGUCGUGCUAAAUUUAUCCGGAAAGGAUUGUUACCCACCACUGGGCUUGCUGUGGCACCUUUUGGAGCGUAUGUUGUUGCAUCACAACUUGCUAUGUUCCAGGACUCCAUGGAACCCGGCAUGGCCACAAACAUCGCAUUUGCUGGAAUAUUAGCAUACAUGGGGUUUACCACGACUAUUGGUAUUGUAGCUGUGACGACAGCCAAUGAUCAAAUGGAUCGCGUGACUUGGGCCCCAGGUAUGCCACUGAGAGAGCGCUGGAUUCGUGAAGAAGAACGGGCAGCGAUAGAUAAAGUCGCGGGAUCAUGGGGUUUUCAUGAAGAAUGGCGGCGUGGCGAAGAAGAGGGCAAAGAUUGGGAUCGAUUGAGAUUGUGGAUCGGCAAUAAGGGAAUGUUGCUAGACGCAGUAGAGCUUAUGGAAGGUAUGGAGUAG